AUGUACAACUACCAGCAACCUCCAGCUCAAUUUGGGCGCCAGCCAAGCUAUGGCAGUUAUCCCGGCCAGUCGGCUUCUCCAGGCGUGCCUGGUAUGGGCGCACCGCCGGGCAUGGGAGGACCACCAGGUAUACCACCUGGCGGCGCGCCACCUGGUAUACAUCAAACCCAGACACCGCAGCCUGGACGGUCCAGCGGGCUCCCAUCAAACUUCCAGCCACCCCCAAAUCUAAAUUUCAACGCCCCAGUCAUACGUUUGGGAACUUCUGGUCCGAUUAGGCCUGACAAUCGCCAGAUUAACACCGAAACCAUGGUAGCAGGUCCACGAAGAGGACUAGGAAUGGGUAGCGGAACAGAGCAACAGCGCCAGCAAAUACGAGAAAACAUGAUGGCCCUGGCUCCGCCCUCAAGAGAAGAGGUCGCGCGCACUAUCUUUGUUGGCAACAUCACGGAAGGAGUUGGCGGUGAUGAGGGUCUCGAGCGGAUCUUACGCACAGCAGGAGGCCUCCGUCGUUGGACUCGAGCGUCAGACGCUGAUGGAAAACCUUGCAAGUUCGGCUUCGCAGAGUACGAAGAUGCUGAAAGUCUCGAAACGGCAAUAGAGAUUUUUCAGAACAUCGAAAUCCCUACGAGGAAGAUCGAAGCAAAUGGGACUAAUGGAAAGAGCGAGGACGACGUGCAGCCGGAGAUGUCCAUACUCCUUGUCGUCGUAGACGAAGCUUCUAAGAAAUAUGCUGAAGACUGGAAAGGUAAACGUAACGAAUCGGAAGAAACUGUCCAAUUCCGGCUCGACUCCGCAAAGGAAAAUCUUGCGGGUGUCCUGGCAAGCUUGCAGCAUCCACAGACUACGCACACCGGUGAUCGAGAUGGUGAUAUUGUCAUGGGCGAUGCGCAAGUGCGCUCAGACCCCGUGACUGGAGAAGUUAUAACGAUCCCGCUCAGCGUCGACGACGAACUGUCCGAUAUUCCCGCGGAAAUGAGGGAAACUGUUGCUGCAGAGAUUGCGGCAUUUAGGGAGCGUAGCACUCGACGCGACUUGGAGAGACUGAGGCGUGAAGAAGAAAUGGAAGCUGCUGAACGACAGCGUGCAAUGGGUGCUCGACGAUCCCCUCCGGCUUCUGCGCCGACUGGUCCUGGUGGCGCCAAUGGUAUUCCUCUUGGGCCUAGAGAGCGAGGUGUUGCGGGUGCGCCGAGUGGGCCAAAAGGCUUUCAAGGAGCGCAAAUACCCAAGGACUAUCAGGCAGGUGUCAACUUUGUGAACGGCGGCACGAACGGCACUGUGGGUUGGAUCAGUCGCGAAGAUGAUGAUGAUCCUGCAAGCGAUUCCGAAAUUGAGAGCCGUCGCCGGGCGAAACUGGAAGCAGAACAGGAGAAGGCUUUCCUGGAGUACGAACGACGAUGGGAGAAUCGUGAGAAACAGAAGAUUGCAGCUAUUCAGCGAGAAAAGGCUAGAGAAGAAGAUGACAAAGCAAGAGAGGAGAAAGACCGAGCAAACAUGGCCAAGAGACUUGCAGAAUGGAAUGACGAUGUCGAAGCCACUCGGCAGGUUGAAGAAUUCUAUAGAGAUCGCACCCAGUGGGCUCGCAAUCGUGCCAUCUUCCGCGGUCAUGAAGCUCGAAAUGACGAUCGAGAUAGAGCUGACGAAGACCGUGAGAAACAGCGAGAAUAUAAGGAGCGAGAACGGACUCGCGGUCUCGCCGACUCAUUCCUCGACCGCCAGGCCGAAGAAAUGGAGUCCCGUGUUCAGGCACCCCGCGAGCCUCAAAGAUUUAAGAUGUCUCUUGGUGCUGCAGCUCAAAAGGUGCAAGCUGCCACUAAGCCUGUUCGUACUGCUGCAGAGGUGGAAGGUUUGUUGGAAGACGAGGAAGACGUCGAUGUCUCAAACAAGCGGUCCAUCAUUCCCAUCAAAAUCGAUACACAAGCAGAAGGCGCGCUGCUCAGCGAAGAAGAGCGAAAGACAGCAGCACAACGUCUUGCAGGAGAAAUACCAAACGACACCGAAGCCUUGUGGAACUGGGACAUCCGUUGGGAUUUCCUGGACGACUCUGUUGUAAAUGAUCAGCUUAUGCCAUUCAUUGAGCGCAAGAUCGUCGAAUAUUUGGGUGUGCAAGAGCAGAUGCUGGUAGACGAAGUUUCUACUCACAUCAAGAAACGGCAGAGGCCGGAAAAGCUAGUCGAGGAGCUUUCAAUUGCGCUUGACGACGAGGCCGAGGUACUUGUUAAGAAAUUAUGGAGGAUGAUCAUAUUCUUCUCCGAGAGCGAAAAGCGCGGUAUUGCGGGCUGAGGGUGCAGCUAAGUCCAAGUCUGUCUAUCUACCCCAAUUGAUGAAAACAAUAUUAAGAACAUAUUCUAGGACCACCUCUCGCCCUUGAUUCCGGUUUAGUCAGUUGUUACAGUAAGCAUCUAGGAAAGGCGUGCGGCUGCUAUGGUAUGUAGACAAAAUUAAGCAGCG